UUGCAUGCCGAUUUAGUUUCAAUUCGAAUUUUUACAAAGAAUGUAGAGCAAGCAUUAAUAGAAAUACGAGUACAAAAUAAAAAUCCAAAAUAUGCAAUAAAUCCAAAAUGUAUAAAUAUUGGAAUAUACUAUUUUUAACCGCUUGUUUGACAUUGCAGCUCGUGGCAUCGCUACCCCCGAAGACUCCUAAAACCCUUAGCGACAAAUUGGAGUCCCAUGAAGAUGCUGGUGAAGAAAAAGUUAAAGGCCAAAUAAAUUUACUACGCGCACAAUUAUCUUGCAACGCGCUCAAUUUACUAACCAAUCAGUCACGUAGUAUUCUACGCUUGUCGAAACCAUUUCUUAAAAGUUUAGUCAACGAACUUAAUUCACUGCCAGUGAAGAGUGCCGAGAUGGAAAAAUACCAACAACGUUUGGCUGAAGCAUUAAAAGGUAUUGAGAAAAUUAACUUAGAUGCUGAACCACCACAAUUGGUUGAUAUAUUCUCCAGUGUUGACGAGGUUACCACUAUCAUCAAAGACUAUGCGAAUAUGCCGCAAAAUGAGGAGCAUUCAAAAUUAGAAAAAUUAUUGGAAAAGAUCGGUUCUAAGAUUUUGGUUAAUAAAUUGAAUGAAACAUUAGAGUACACUUUAAAAGAGUUUAAGAAGAUAUUUGAACACUACGAGGUGUCAUUGAGUGAUGAAAAAGGCAAAGGAAUUGAUGAUCAAUUAACAAAUUGGCUCGAACGUUUCAAAGAAGAAGACGAUACCGAGAAGAAAAUUGAACAAUUAUUUGAAAUAUUCAAAAAUUUUUGAAUAAUAUUUUUAAGCAAAUGUUAACGAUAUUUCGUGACAAUGCAGUUUUUGCAUGUUUCCUAAAGACCAUACGUUUGUCCAUAUAUAAUUGAUUAGUGUUUUUCAGUAUUAUUGUUUUAUACAUUUUCACUUUUUUUCAAUGUAAAUAUGGCUUUUAUACUAUUUUUAAAU